AGGAGAGAAAGGGGUGGUGGGGGUGAGGAGAUGAGAGGAACACAUCUGUUCAGGAACAGAGAAGGAGGGCAAGCACGACAGAGCACUCGAGUGCAAAGGGAGAAAGAGAAAGAAGUUGUUGGGACGUGCUGCCAUCAAUCCUACAAUUCCUCAACACAAGAGAGGCCACCAUCUCAGUUUCGGCAAAAAUGACGUCUUUGAAAUCACUUGACUAAGGAGGAUUGACAUUUGUAUUAUGGCAAUGUUUUGGACAGCAGUGGUUUUCUACAUGUGUGGACGUACAGUGGAAGUUUAUGGAACGGCUGAUAAAGAUGUACUGCCAACCAGUCUGGCAAGAACCGCUUUACCCACUGUCAUACCCACAGAAGAUGAGAGCAUUAAACUUGUGGAUUGGCUCACAAAGUAUGGAUACCUCCCACCCCCUGAUCCCUCUACAGGUCAGUUACAGGCCUGGACAGCUGUUACUCAAGCAGUGAAGGAAAUGCAGAGGUUUGCUGGUUUGGAUGACACAGGAGUCUUAGAUGAAGCGACUGUUCAGUUGAUGCAGACACCCCGUUGUUCACUUCCAGAUGAUGAUGAACAAACCAUUCAGCUUUCAGGAUUACACGGUGAUGUGGAAAAUCAAAGGAUGAAAAGAGCCGUGUCUACCUGGACGAGAAGAAAUAUCAACUGGAGGUUGCGCUCUUACCCUGCAUCUUCUAAACUGUCCCGUGAAAUGAUUCGCUCCCUUGUGUUCUACGCCCUCCGAGUUUGGGCCAAUCCAACAAUGCUUGAGUUUCAUGAGGUGCGAGGACCAGAGGGAGCAGAUCUCCAAAUAGAUUUCUUGCGUGGUCCCCAUGGAGAUGGAUAUCCCUUUGAUGGAGCAGGUGGAUCUGUUGGCCAUGCCUUCUUUCCAUCAGACCCAGACAGGGCAGGUGGAGUUCACCUGGAUGCAGAGGAGGAAUGGGCUUUCAGAGCAACUGGGGGCACAGAUCUGUUCACGGUGCUGGUUCAUGAGCUUGGUCACGCCCUCGGACUGACCCAUUCAUCAGCACGGCAAUCUGUUAUGCGUCCAUACUACCAAGGGCCCCUGGGAGACCCACUCCACUUCAGCCUGGGACAUCACGACCUUCAACACAUCACAGCCCUUUAUGGUAAGAGGGGUGACCAUAUUCCAACUGACAGGCCUCUUCUUGUGACAGAAGCUCAAAUGCGUCAUCGACAUGGAGGAAUACACAGACUCACACACAUGUACAGACAUGCACACAGUAAUUUGGACAGUUCUGUGGAUCGCUGUAACACCAGUUUUGAUGCAGUUGCCAAGAUUCGAGGAGAGAUUUUCUUCUUCAAAGGGCAGAACAUGUGGAGAGUGAACAGAGGUGGUCUCGUGUCAGUCAAGGCUGUUCCUGUACAGAGACUUUGGUCGGCUCUUCCUUCUUCACUGCCUCCACUGCGAGCAGUUCUGGAGAGACACACAGAUCAUGCCAUCAUCUUUAUCAGUGGUUCCCAGGUUUGGCUGUUCAAGGGUCUGUUACUCCAAGACGGUUUCCCUCAGCCUCUGUCUACUCUGGCGAAUGCUCAAUCAGAGGGAACGUGGCAAGGAUUGCACUGGGACCCUAAUCAGGGUGUGGUGUGGGGGUCUUUGAGAGAGGAUGGAGAAAAAGGAGAAAGCUCAGAGGAAAGCAAAGUCUGGAGAGAGCUUACUGACGGAGGAGUGAACGGAAUCAUCACUGAGAAUGAUGACGAGAGAGAAAGGGCUGGAGACUUCAAGGGUUGGACCUACGUUUUCAAAGGCAGCUCCUAUUGGAAAUUUACUCACCCAGGCUCAGCCCCUGAAGAAGGAUACCCCAGACUUCUGGCCGCCGAUUGGUUGGACUGCCCUCAGCCGUCCUCUUCCAGCCCCGGUGACAUCUCUUUGAUCUCCCACUAUGGUCAACGGGAGCUUCGUGAGCAGAAAGGGCAAAGAAUAAUCGACCAGAUCAGGCACAAAGACAAACCAAGAGAUAAACCUCAUAGCUGGGACUGUCCAUGUUUAAACAGUGCAGUGACUCAAACUGGACCUAUUUUACUUCUGCCCAUUUUAUUUCUGAUCACUGUGAUUUGUUAAUUUUUUCCACUUUCAAGUUCACAAUCAUACCCAAAAUUGAUUUAUAUUUUUCUUGACUUUUAAUCUCUGAUCAAAGGAAGACGUAUGGAUAUAGUUGGCUACUGUUGUUGUGCGUAUACAAUAACUCCUGAAACGCUGGUCUUAUUUCUCUGUUAAUUCUAGUUGCUAAACCACCUAUAGAAUUAGCAAGUUAGGUUAGUUAUACUGCAGCACAUUCUUGUUCAUAUUAUCAAACAAAAAUCAUCAAAAUGAAUGAUGUUAAUCAAUUACAGUUUAGAGUCUGUCAGUUCACUAAAGCUUGUGAAGGAGGCAAAUCCGCACAAUACUAUAUGCCUCCUUCAUAAGCUUUAGAGUUUAAAAGCAUAAUGAUAUUAUACAUAUUGAUCUUGAAGAUGCAGAGAGCAUCCAUUGAGUUCCAAAAUCUGAUUUAUUCAUGAUUUAUCUUUAUUAAAAUAGUGUGCGAAUUUAGAUUAAAGAUAAAGUGCAAAGAAAAAUGACUUGGUAAAUACCAAUGUACUUUUUAAAAAUUAUUUAUUACUGUGGGAUGAAUGAUCAAAUAAUGAUAUAAUAAAAUCUAUAUAAAAAAAUAUGUACAUUUGUUUUACCAUUUUAUGGAAUCUUCUAUAAAUAUUACUUUUUAUUCUUUUUUAUGUACCCAAAAACUAUGGCAAAAAAGAAACAAAUAGGAGCAUUAUUUUAUUAAAUACUGGCAUGCUCUGUAUACCUCAGGAAUUUCCUGGUCCCUAAAGUCCAACGUUUUUCCCACUUUAAUAAUUUUGGGUUUUUUGGCGCUAUGGCAUUACAAACAACUGUUGCGUCACUUCAGAAAAAACAGAUGAUAAUGUGUGAUAAGCAGUUCUAUUUAAAGCACUUGUUCCCCAGGGAAUGCAGUGUAACUUUCUGAAGUUCUACAAUGUUGUCUUGGGUGGUUUUGACUGCUUUUCUGGGCCUGUUUAGUUUAAACCAGGCCACUCUGCCAGGCUGUAAGGAGCUCAUAACGCCACUAACCUUGGAUGAUGACUCUAAAAUUAUCAUGGGGAAAUGGAUCUUCCUUGAAGGCAUAGCUGAUCACCAAUUAUUUACAGAUAUAUUAAUGACUGUGAACAGCUCAUGGGUGGAGUUCGGCCCAAGCAAUCUUACGCUUCCAAACAUGGUAUCUCUCAGUCAAGGGAACAUGCUGAAAGGAAAAUGUGAGUUUACCUCCAUCAACUCAGUUCUUAAAGACAGUACCUUUUAUGCCAAUGAGACUGACACGAUAACAGAGGGAAAAUUCUUGCCAGCCUGUCCAGAGUGUCUAACCAUGAGCUUCGUCAGCCAAUUUAAAAAUCAGACCAUAAAAACACUGUACUUUUUCA